UGUCCAACAGCAGCACGCUCAACCCGAAAGAAAAAUAAGUUAACUUAAUGCAAACUUACCUGAAGUGUGACGUAUAGAAGUUAACUGCCAACAUUACUAAAAAAACAGAGUAUGAUGUUUGAAACAAAAGGUCCGCUGUUCCCACAGACACCCACCAUCACCACCACCACCACCGGCCGGCAGACACCCGAGAGGAUAGCCGGGGACGGGAUGCUUUUCUCGGAUGGAGAGCCAGCGGCGGUGCCCGUUUGAGAGCGGAGAGUCCGGAGCUCCUGCGCCCGGGACACAGCAACACAGACACGGCUGCUCGUGUGUCUUUUAAUCGGUGAAAUUAUCCCCCCCCCCCCCCCCCCCUUAGACCCACUGAUCCAUUGAUCCCAUUGACUGUUGAGUGGGAGGGAAAACGAAGUGGGGAGACACACCGGGACCAUGAUCCGGACGGAGCUGCACGGGGGUUAUCUCUGAAACGAUAGAGCCGCCAAGAAGAAGAAAAGGAGGAAGAAAUAACAGAGGAAAAGCUUCCUGAUCUUUUCUGCCCGUGCAUUAUAGGCAAUACACUCACUGAUCCCGUUAAUCAAUCGAUCCACUGAUUGGUGACUGGUUGUUGGUUGGUUGGUUUUGCGCACUGGAGACGUUUUUGGCACCAUGAUCCGGAUUUGCUUGAGAGUUAUCUCCGAAGGUUAAGAGAAGAGGAAAAAAGGAGAUUUAAAACCACCGAAAAAAAAGAGAGAAGAUUUUUUUCUGUUUGUCUUCUGUUGCUAAAUCAAUUCCUCUGUUGACUCGGUGACUGGUCUGUAUUGGGAGGAAGAAAGAGGAGAAGAAGAAGGGGGGAAAAAAAGAGAAGAGGGUUGUAAAACUAUAGACUCGGGUAGCGCUUCGCAUCGGACACGGACAUGAUCAGGAUCUUCCCGGAUUUCAGCGUCCAGGUGACGGCUUCGGGAGGCGGUGGACCCGGGGUUGGAGGAGGCGGCGGAGGCGGCGGGAUGGUGACGGGACCCCAGGUGGGUCGGCUGCCGGGAGCCACGAACGGGACCCCGCAGAGCGUGCAGGGAAUCACCGCCUACCAGCAAAGUGACCCCUACUGGGAGCGGCCGGCUAAUGCAGGCAGCUGCUCGGCCCCCCGGCCCAAGACCCUUCACCUGGCCGGCCAGCAGCAUACCUCGUCACCAUGGCUGCAGGCUCUGAGAAAGGAGAAGUCGCGGGACGCGGCGCGGUCGCGGCGGGGAAAGGAGAACUUUGAGUUUUACGAACUGGCCAAGAUGCUGCCGCUGCCGGGCGCCAUCACCAGCCAGCUGGACAAGGCCUCCAUCAUCCGGCUCACCAUCAGCUACCUGAAGAUGAGGGACUUCGCCAACCAGGGGGACCCACCGUGGAACCUGCGCAUGGAGGGGCCGCCGCCAAACACCUCGGUCAAAGGUAGUCUUCUCACUUACAGUUUUGUUCCCCAUGAAGCUCUGAAAAAGUGA